AAUGCAGCCCCUAAGAAGAGAUCUGUCCAUGUUGCCAAACAUUUAAAAGAUGUGGAAUAAUCAAGAACUUCUUGAAGUGUAGAUUUAUGCGUCUCCUGCAUAUGUUAGUUAAGGCCUUCAACAGAUUUGUCUGGCAAUGUCUAUGCGUGAUGCAAGCAUUGUCUUGUAUGUCUCAUCCCAGUCAGUCAUUGACCACCAAACAGCACAGGACCAAAGGGUCUUGGAAAACAACAUAUGGGCUAGAUUAUCCGGAGAAGGUAAUCUGAAGGGGAGAACAAAGCUGUUAGAAAGCAUGAUGAAGCAUGUGGCAGCUGACUCUGUGUCCCCUUUUCUGCAAGACGGCUGCCUUAUUCUAGUGGGCUUGGCAAGACAGGAGUGAGCUAAAACAAAGUGUCUGCCUGUGGCAGUGGGCUGUGUUGAAGAGGCAUUGUGCUUCUCAAGUGGAAGCUGGCAGUGAGGUGGAGAAGUGUCUGCUCUCCUUGCACCCCACAGGUAGCCCCCAAGCGUCUCUUGAAACUUCUGGCUUGGUCUGAAUGUACUAAGAACAUUUUUCCAUACACGGGCUUUCAGUGGGUAGAAAUAGCACUUCAGGGAGAGCUGUCAGAUGUCAGCUGAAAAGGCAAGGGCUUCUGUCUCUGGAAGAACUUAAAGCAAGGCCUGAAGAGGUGGGGAGCAAGGGAAAUGUUACUGUGUCUUAACAGCACACCACCCCCACCACCUCCCUGAGUGGCCAUGGAGUAAAUACUAAUUAGAAUCCAGUCUUUAUUACCUUGACUGUGCACCGGGAGCAUCUGUUGUGCUCUGAGUGAGAAAGAAGAAGUGAGCAUUGAGAAAGCAGCAGGGUCACCUGCUGAAUAGAAAGGAUUGUUGUAAAUAACUGAUGUGCCUGGGUGAUGUGCCUCCUUAGGCAGCAGCUGGUGACUGCAGGAGAAAGCACUAUCCUGCAGCCAUGCAGUUUCUGGAGGGUGAUGUGGAGAGAGGAGAUACUGGAGGAGAAUCUGUGUUCUCCAGGCAUCUUCUCUGGUCAAACCUGGCUGAAACACUGAGUCUGUGGCGCUGCUGGAGCCCUGACCAGGCUGCCUGAACAGCCCUGACUGUCAGGCCCUACAACUCUUCCCCUUUGUGUGCGUGGGAGAGGGCGGCAGCAGCUGCGGGGAAAGCAAAAAGCCACCCGUGGAUCGGCUCGGUAUUCACUGAUACGGGGAAGGCUCAGCCCGACUCUGAGCCCCAGCAGAUGGGGCGGGCUCCGCGCGUUCAGGGCUGUGGGGGGAACCGCCUCUGCGCGCCGGGCUGCAGGGGGAGCUCCCCGUCUGCGCCCGGGUGUCCCUGCGCGCCGCCGGGCGCCCAGCGGAGCGGGGCUACCAUGGGUUCCCGCCUGCGGCCCGCCGCGCUCUGCGGGGCGGCGCUGGCCCUGGCGGGCGGCGCGGCCCUGGCGGCCUGGGCCUGGGCCCGCCUGCGGAGUCGGGUCGCGCCGCCCGCCGCCCGCCAUGCCGCCGCCGCCGCCGAUCAGGGUAAAGGACGCAGCAAGCAGAUACUGGUGCUGGGCCUGGAUGGGGCCGGGAAGACCAGCAUUCUCCAUGCCCUGGCAACGAACCAUGUCAAGCGCAGCGUGGCUCCUACCGAGGGCUUCAAUGCCAUCUGUGUCAACACCGAAGAGUCCCAGAUGGAGUUCCUGGAGAUCGGGGGCAGUGAAUCUCUGCGUUCAUACUGGAAGAUGUACCUGCCCAAAGUCCUGUUGCUAAUCUACGUCGUGGACUCCGCCGAUCAUGCCCGACUGCCUGUGGCGAAGCAGCUGCUUCAUCAACUGAUCCAGAACAACUCCACCCUGCCGGUGGUGGUUCUGGCCAACAAGCAGGACCUCGAAGGUGCAUAUUGCAUCACCGAUAUCCACGAUGCUCUGGCACUGUCUGAUCUUGGGGACGAGAGGAAGAUGUUCUUGAUUGGUACCCACGUGGCAGAGGACGGCUCCGAGAUCUCCUCCAGCAUGAAGGAUGCCAAGGAGCUGAUAGCGCAGCUGGUUCUGGAAGCACAGUGACAGCUCUUUUCCUACAACAUGAUAUUUGGAGCUGAGGGGGAUGAGGUGUUAGCAUAUGGUCAGUUUGCCAUGUGGUGAUUGAAAUGUACAGAUAUCUUUUCCUUGUGGGUGUGGAUUUCCUCUAUGAUCUCUAGUUGGUAAGAAAAUCUAAUUUAUAGCGGUUUGAAAAUACAUUUGAAAAGUAGUCUAUUUUUUAGCGUAUUUGUAGGAGAAAAUUAGUCUCUCAGACAGCAGAGUUAAGGGGAUGUAUAGCUUAGAUGGGUUGAGAUGGCUUCUUGCUAGGUGGGAAUCAAGCAUUGGUUUCAGUGGAACAAGGUUGUAUCCAGUGAAUUUAACCUGGCUUGAUGUCUCAGGUUCAAUUUUAAAUUGAAAUAUAUUUACUUCACAGGGUUUACAGAACCUUGGUAACAGUGUUUUUCUGUUAAAAAUGAGACCUCGCCUCUUGACAGCAUCAGAAAUUUAAAGUGCUACGACUAGUAUUUUUGACAGUGAUAAUUUUUAUUGCGCUGUAUUGGAGUCGGCUUUUAAGGAAGUGGCAAAUUAGUAAUCUCUGGAAGUUGGAUUGGUUACUGCUUCUUUUGUGGGUAAGAACAAGAAAAUGAAAGCACUAAGACAUGAAGUGUUUCUUUGCCUACAGGGGAAAAGCAAAGCAGUGUAAUUUAAGGUAGUGACCGGAAGCGUUUAAGUUAAAUUGGCACCAGAAGUGGGAGACUCCUGCAUCGCGAUGAGCGGCAUAUUUUGGUUUAGUCCAGGUUGUCGUGGAGCAAGCACUCUUACACCGGUUCUCUUCUGAAAGCGGUUCCUGCCAGCCAGCAGGUGAGGAGGGCGAGCUGCUGACGCCUGUCACCCUCCCGGUGUCCUCCUGAUCACACUGUUCUGUAAAGGACCUGUUUUGCAACCGCAUUUACUGUACUGAGGUUUUUUUUAGUUGUGUCCUUUGGAACAGGUGCAUAAAGCAGACAAUUUUACCCUAACCAGCGGGUCUGGGCUUCAUUUACCCGAACAAAGAGCGCUUGCAGCCGACCCUCCGGGCCUCUCUUGGGUCUUCCCACCCCUCUGCGGGGACCGGGUGCCCGGCCGCCCUCCUCCCCUGCCCGCCGGGGCUCAG